GUCCUCCUGCAUUCAUUCAUUUAUUUAUUUAUUUAUUUCAAGGCGCGCACACUCACGCACCCUCUCCGAUUCGCAGGCGCGCGAUGCGUAACGGCGCAAACGAGAUAUCACUGUAGCUGGUAACGUGAAGAGGAAAGAAAAAAAUGGACGGUUGAUGUGGAAGCAGGAUGCUCGUCUCCUGAAGGAACAGUCUAUAUGGAUCGGAGCUCAACGUCACCGGAGCAAAUCUGUGCUGCGGAAGAACAAACUCCAGCAAAGAUCCCAGAUCACAUGACAGAUUUGUGUAGUGAUGAAGAAGACAGCUCUCCUCCUCUUCAGCUUCACACACUCAAGCAGUUUGAACAGCACCUGAAUGACCUGAAAAAGGAAAACUUCAGCCUCAAGCUCCGCAUCUACUUCCUGGAGGAGAGGAUUCAGCAGAAGUACGAGGAGAGCAGUGAGGAUGUUUACCGCACGAACAUUGAGCUGAAGGUGGAAGUUGAGAGCUUGAAGCAGGAGCUUCAGGAGAAACAGCAGCUUCUGGACAAAGCCCUCAGCACAGCAGAGAGCUUGACCAACCACAAUGAGGCAGAGCUGCAGAGACGGUGUCAGGAGAGACAGCAGGAAAUCGACCACAUGCAGCAAGUACUGGAGACCAAGAUUCAGCUCCUGCAGGAGGAGGCCCAGCUAGCACGCAGUGAGGCUGAGCGGAUGGCCUCACUGGCUGGAUCGCACUCUCACGCUUCCCUAAUGUCCCUAGACACCCCCAUGGAAGAACUCCCUCAGGACAGGAAGCCUCCCAGCAUCUUUUCCCCAUCCACCACCAACAAAGACAAGGUUAUAGAGGAGCUGACUAAAGAGCUUUGCUCCAAGGAGGCCCUCGUUACCGAGCUGAGCGAAGAGAAGUCGGUGCUCACACUCAGGGUGGGAGAGCUGGAGGGACAAGUUCAGGAACUCUCUUCCUCUCUUCUACAGAAAGAGAAAUACGUCGAGUUCUAUCAGGAAGAACUCAGCCAUGAGAGGCUGCGCAUCGAACAGGAGAUGCAGAGUCUUGUUGAGGAGCAGCAGAGUCAGCUGAACCAGUAUGAGUGUGCGGCCAGUCAGUGCGUCAGUGAGCUGCAAAAGGCCCAGCUCCAGGUGCAGUCCCUUCAGGCCAAGAUCCAUGAGAGUGAGGCCAAUAACAUGAAGGUACAGGAGAAGUUGGACGAGAUGGAGUGUGAGCUGCGUUCACUCCGCCAGGCUUCUCACAGCCAGGAAAGAACCAUUCAGGGCCUCACCGAGUCCAUCAGCACCAAAGACAGCGAGGCUCAGGAGCUGUACCAGCUGAUCCAAGGGCAGAACACCACUCUGUGUAAGCUGAAAGAACUGGUUCACCGUAACCAGCUUGCAAAUUGUAAGUCUCCAGAGGGGGUCAGCGAGGCCUUGACACUUGCACAUCUGCAGGGAGAGCUGGUGGGUGUGCAGAGCUCCCUGUUCUCCCUCAGCCUGGAGCUCGAGGCCAGCCAGAGGAGUCUGAGACAGAACCAAAGGCAGCAAGAAGACCUCGUUAGGUUCAAGGACAGACUCAACUCUGACCUGCAAGAGGCGCUGCAACACAAGGAGGUCACUGAGAAGCACAACCAGGACUUGCAGCGCGCACUUCAGAAAACCUGCACUGAACUCCAGGCGAAAGAAGGAGCCAUGAAAGAGAGCGAGGCAGACAAAUAUAACAUGGUGCAGGAAAAGGAGCGCACCAUCGCACAGCUUGAACACUCCCUAAAGGACAAAGAGAGACAGCUGAAGGAGUACUCAGAGAUGCUGGAGUCCACAGGACACUCCAAACCCAGAGAUGUUCUACUGGAGAAGCUAAAAGAGCGCAUUAAAGACAGAGACCGAGCGCUGGAGCAUGCAGUUGAUGACAAGUUCUGCUGUUUGGAGGAGCAUGAGAGCCAGGUGAGGAGGCUGCAGGUGGCCCUUCGGGAGAAGGAGCGAGACCUGGAGAGACUGCGCUGCAUCCUGUCCAGCAGCGAGGAGACCAUCACGAGUCUGGAUGCCUUGGCACGAGGUAAGGAGCUGGAGCUGGAACAGGCCGCGGAGGCCUACAGGAACCUCCAGUUUGUCAAACAGCAAAACGAAGAGAAGGAAAGAAACAGCCUGAGAGAGAAAGAUGCCAUCAUCAGCCAGUUACAGGCAGCUCUGCAGAGGCACAGCCAGGAGAACAAGGAUUUGACAGCCACACUCACUGCCCAGGUUCAAGCUGGUCCCAGUGAAGUCAUGGAGGAGCUCAAGGCUCGGUUGGCGCUUAAAGGGAAGCUCUUCCAGGAGCUGCUGUCAGAUCGCAGCCGCCAGGCUAAUGAACACCAAGCACAGGUCCAGGACCUGCUUAACACUCUCAGCUCCAAAGAUCAGUAUCUACAGGAUUACUCCUAUAGGCUUUCCCAGGUGAUCAGUGAGCGCACAAGCCAGGUGCAGGAGCUUCGCAAACAGCUGUCAUUAAGAGAUCGGGAGCUGUGCGAGCUGAAACGAGAUAAGGAGCGGGAGGUGGGAAGAGAUGUGGAGCAUCUCCAGAAUCUCCUCAAACAGAAGGAGAGCUUCAUCAAGGUUCAUCAGGAGCUGAUGCAGAACCAGGAAGAACCCAUGGAACCAUCCUCAAAAGAGAGUGAGUCUGAGAUUAAGACUCUCCGAGAAGAGCUGCAGUUAAUGCUAAGGAAGGAGAAAGAGAUGCAGGUGGAGCUCUCCACAUUGCGGUCCUGUUUAACUCACCAACAGGCCAGAGGAGAUUCCACUAAGGAUAGCACUGACCACCAAUGUGUGCUGGAGGAGCUUGUAGCUGAAUACUACAAGCUGAUUGAGGCGCUGAGGGCGGAGAAGAGAUUAUAUCAGAAUCUCACCCACAUUCACUCCAAGAGUGACAGCAGUUCAGAGAAAAUCCAGGCUUUGCACACUGAGCUCGAUUCUGUUCAGGCACUACGCGGCCAGCUGGAGGAAGUCCUGGGCAGGACCAGAAGCAUGUCCCUGAUUGUGGAGAAAGCAGCUAAGAGGCAGCCUGACUUUGGAGAUGUGAGCACAGAUGAAGAGGAGGGAGAUGAUGAAGGUGGCAGCAGUGAGGAGUUCACGGACAGCAUAGAGGAGGAGGAGGGAGAGGAUAAAGUAGCUGCCAGGUGUCUGGCACACAUUCAGAAAUCUAGAAAAACCUACAGUUGUGUGCAAGAUGGGUCGGCGGUCCUCGCCCAGCAAGCUGACGGGGAGCAGCACAUAGAGCAACUACAGGGGGCAAAGAAGACAGUUGAAGGUGAACUUGGCACAAUCGGGUCCCAACUAGAGAGGGAUGGAUAUGCUUCCGUUGCUCAAAUGAGUAGGAGAGCACUGCAGAGGCUGCAGCAGGAGAACAAUAAUCUGAAAGAAAGUCGAGAAAGAGCUGCAGUUCUCCACAGGAAGGAGAAUCACAGCAAUCUGAACCGUGAAGAAGAUGAGGAGCAGGAGCACCUUGAAGAAGAAGAGGAGGAAGAAGAAAAAGCAGCUCCAUUACAAGCGGGAAAGCGUGGGCCUCCGUCUGUACGCCUAAGUGAUGAGCCGGGGAAGAGACACUGCACAAGGCCCAGCUCCCUGGACCUGAGCACGCUGGCUGCACGCCGUUACAGACAUCACGCUGAGCUGGAGGAGGAGGAGGAGGAGACUGGCAGGAGCAGCAGUGAUGUGGGAGCGCUCUGGCAGCAUAGAGAGGAGGGUUUGUGUGAGCAGGCAGCCCGCCUGCGCUCUGAUCUGGCUCUGAGUCACCAGGAGAACAGAGAACUGCAGGAGAGGCUGAUGGUGUCUGAGGCCACGGUGCACGCUCAGGCUGAGCAACUGAAGGACUACAGGGACCUUCUCACUGAGACAUCAGUCCAGCAGGCCAGUAAGCAGGUGCAGGUGGAUCUCCAGGAUCUGGGUUAUGAGACUUGUGGUCGCAGUGAGAACGAAGCUGAGAGAGAAGACGCCAGCAGCCCAGAGUUUGAUGACCUGGAGAUGUGCACAUCGCUGUCACAGCAACACCACUCUGAGGUUGUGGGCAGCGGUUGGUGCAGCAGCAGCUGCAAAGGUCUCCGAGGUGCUUAUGAAAUGGACGAUGUGUCCGCUUCUCUCCAGCAUCUGGUCCAGGACCUCCGGUCACAGCUGAGCGGCUGCCAUAAGGUGAUCCGUGGGCUACAUCUGCGUGUCCGUUCCCUUUCUGCUACCAGCGACUACGCUUCCAGCCUGGAGCGCACCCCGCGCAAGGUGAACUGGGCUUUUGAGGCACCUCCAAACCCUAGCAGUGUAGAAGAUGAUGAGGGCUGGAUGUCUGACAGUCAAGGAAUUCACUUUGUGUCCAAACCCAGCAGGGAGCUGCAAGAACUAAUGACAAGAGUGACUUCACUGGAGGCUCAACUGAAGAACAGCAGGUUGGAGGAUAAAAACCAGACAGAAGAGGGGAAAUGUGCCACAUGGCCGGGAAAGUACAACUCUCUGAUCCAGGCACAAGCUCGUGACCUUUCCCACCUGAGGCAGAGGAUGAGGGAGGGACAAAGAAUCUGUCAUAUCCUCACACAGCACCUGGCUGAUACCACCAAGGCUUUUGAGGAGCUGCUGAGAGCCAAUGAUAUCGAUUAUUACAUGGGCCAAAGUUUUAGAGAGCAGCUGGCACAGAGCACCGCCCUGGCACAAAGAGUGGGCACCAAGAUCAGUGGACGAGACCGUGCCGAGAGUUAUGAUGACCACGCCGGUCAUGAACUGCUUGCCCUUAGGCUGAGCAAGGAGCUUCAGCACAAAGAUAAAAUCAUCGAGUCCCUCCAAACGAAGCUGCAGCAGCGUUCAGAGACGACAUCCAGUUGCCAGGCUCUGUCUGAGACCACCGACCAAUCAGACAGAACCUCGCUGGUGUCCGAUGAGUGUCGAACCAAUGAAGAUCUGGAGCUUGUCUCUGAUGUAGAAUACCAGGAGCUUCAGCCUGGACGUGCCUCACAGCGAGACGGUAUGACUAAAGCCCGUCCAUCUAUCCAUUCUCCACCUGGCCUCAAGUCUUCCAGCAGCUGUCCAAACAUGCUUUGCUCAGUCCCUGCAGGUUUGACCACACCCACAGCCCUUCUCACUCAGCCUGUCUCCUCCUCCCUUUCUGUCUUCCCCGGCCCUGAUGUUUGGGGUAAAGCAGUGGUUUGUGAACCCAGACCCAGGGCUCUGUCUGUCAACACUGUUCGCCAAGAGCUGGACAAGCUGUACACACAGAUCAAUGAGCAGGAGAGGGAAUUUGCAGUUCCCCAAGGAAAGGCGGUGCUCACAUGCUCAGGUGGUACCCCCAACCAGAGUGAUCUCCCCAACUAUAGCCAGCUAUCCCAUCAUGCCUUUCAACAAUACCAGCUGGGUGGUGCUCUUGAAGGACACUCUCUGAAAUCAGACUCGGGGAUAACGACAGGGGUAAAUUUGAUUGAGGAGCACCUACAGGAGGUCAGAUGUCUUCGUCAGCGUCUGGAGGAAUCCAUUAGGACAAACGAGAGCCUUCGCCAGCAGCUGGAAAAGAGACUGUCUAACACUGGGUGUGAUGGAGGUUCGCCAACUAAUAUCUACAUUCAAGGGCUGCACACGGUCAACCAGCUGUCAAAUGAGAUCAGAGUCCUGAAAGAACAAAAUCUGGGGCUACAGUCCCGCCUACAGGCCAGCGCAGACACGCGCGAGGAGCUUUUGCAGCUACGGGAGUCAGUGUUUACGGCGCACACCCGCCUGAAGCAGGCAGAACUAGAGGCACAGCAGUGGAAGGAAGAGCUGAGACGACUUCAGGCUCACAGUCAGGAACAGGAACAGCAGAUACACACAUUAAGGCAGGAACGACAGGCCGGCCAGGAGAAAACCAACAGACUCCAACACCAGUUGUCUCUACUGCAGCAGCAGCUAUGUGAGAGCAGGGAGUUCAUUCACUCCCUGCAGAGUGAACUACAAGUUUAUGAUCGCUUUUGUUCCAACACAAAGGCCAGCAAAGGAUACCUGUGUGACCUGCCAGGCCUACCAGUGGAGCUUGGGGAGUUACUUGAGGAGGUGAGGAGCCUGCGAGCUCAGUUGCAGAACAGCGUCCAGGAGAACAGUGCUCUGAAGCAGCUGGAGCUCCACAAACAGCUCGAGCAGAAACUGGGUGUGGCUUGUCCUCGGACACCCGCCCUGUCUGCCCUCACCGCCAGCCCUCAGCGAGACAACUUCUACAGACGACAGCUGCUGCACGAUCCAGCUCCGUCUCCGCCGGUCAGAGACAUUGGUUUGUUUAACUGUGGGUCUCCCGGUCCUCCCUACUCAGACCUGGAGGACAACCACAGCACUGCCAAUGAGACCCUGGACCCUCAUUCUGAGCUGGAGGGGGAAGCUCCAGAUGGGUCGUUUGCAAAUCGCAACGGCCGCCAUACCAUCGGUCACGUGGAUGACUUCACUGCACUACAGCAGCAAGUCUUAGAGGGUCGGGGCCUCGUGCAGCGCAUGGAGACAACCCUUCAGGCCUGCCUGGGUCCACCACUGCUGGAAGAGAGCCAGAAACAGAGCAGUAACCUGGUUCUGGAUUAUGGAUGUGUGAAGAGUCUUCUGUCCAACACCAGAACUCUGAGACAGAUCUUGGAGGAGGCGAUGGCUCUGUUGAAGAUGUUCUGGAGGGCAGCUUUGCCCAGCAGUGAUCACUCCAUCCAAAACGUGAAGAAGGAGCAGUGUAUGCAGGAGGAGAUCUUGUCUCUGAAAUUGCGUGUGUCAGAGCAGGAGGAGGUUCUAAAGGGAACCAUUCAAAGACUGAGGAGCACCAGCCGCACCAAGGAGAGCAUGGAGCACUUCAUCGUUAACCAGCUGUCUAGGACUCGUGAUGUGCUGAAGAAGGCGAGAGCAAACCUGGAGAAGAAUGAGCUGAGACUUUCCUCUUUAAGCCCCUCCUCUUCCUCUCCUUACACCGUUGCGGACUCAGGUGGUGCUGCCAGAGACCCAAUUACUGAUCACAGUUCCUUGAAGACCAGCAUCUCUCCCGGAGUCACCGUGGCUACAGCCCGUCAGCGCGUGGCAGCGAGGAAGCGCAGCAGCCAAUGUCUGCUUUAGACUUCAUCUUUUUAAAAGCCAGCCUCAAUGCCGUCACAUCUGACCUCUGACACAGCUGAGACCCCCAUCGCAGCCAUCCUCCCCUCCACCUGUGCAAUUGCUUACACCGCCUCUGUGCACAGUGAUAAUGUGCACCUCUGAGCCUUCUCCCUCUGCCCAGUCUCCUGUGCUCCCCUUGGCCACAUGCAUUAUUGUCUUUGAGUGAGCCGGUCAGCAGAUUGCCUUGUGGUGUGUGAGUCAGAAGAAAGUGAAAGAAAUGUGCCCGCCGUGGAUUCAGUGAUGUGCAUCCUGCUAAUGGAGCUGGUUGAAGUUGCUCCUGGAGACAGAUGUGUCUUCUUAAAUCUGGUUACAGUUUGAUUCCAGGGGUUUGAUGUCAGAAUCGUCUUAGGUCA